AUGUUUCUUUUACGUCAAGCUAUUGGCUCACUUUUAUUUGCGGCAAGAGUAACUCGUCCUGAUAUAGAAUGCAUUGUUAAUAGUCUGAGUCAAUUUUUAAAUGAUUUUUCGAUGGCACACUGGAAUGCGGUUAAAAGAAUUUUAAAAUACUUACGCGGCACAUUACAUUUUGGCUUAGAGUACAAAGCAAGUGGGAGUAAAAACACGCUGGUAGGUUUUACUGAUGCAGAUUAUGCAGGUUGUUCUGAUACUCGUCGUUCGAGAAGAGGAUUUGUAUUCUUACUAAAUAAUGCACCAAUAAGUUGGUGUAGUCAACGUCAAAGUGUUGUUUCACUUUCUACUACAGAAGCUGAAUAUAUUGCACUUGCACAGGGAACUAAAGAUGCUGUAUGGUUGCGACGAAUGUUAAGUGAACUUUAA